AGCAAAAACAACUCUCAGUUCACUACAAUAUCCGUCGGCGAAGAUCCAACCUUUGUUCAACUCUCUCUCUCAAUGGGUCAGCUCAACCAAUGGUGGGCCGUAGCUACCGAACUGAAGCACUUCACCGUCGCCGUCGCGAACUUCGUCGGCCUCAUCCACCUCGCCGACUCCUACCUCAUAAGAUGUACCCUCGCGGAAGGUCCGAGUAUGCUCCCGACGUUCAACUCGAGCGGCGACGUGAUCCUCACCGAGCGCGUCUCCCAUCGAUUGGGGAGAAUCGUCCCCGGUGACGUCGUCAUUAUCCGGGCUCCCUACGACCCCAAGAAAAUGGUGGUCAAACGUGUCCUGGCUCUGGAGGGCGGUAAGGUCAGUUUUACCGACCCCCAGCAGCAUCAGAUUCAGCACACUAACAUUGUGGUUCCUAAGGGGCAUGUUUGGAUUCAGGGAGAUAACACUUAUCUUUCUCGUGAUUCACGGGAAUAUGGACCUGUGCCUUACGGUCUUAUUCAAGGCAGAGUGUUUUUCAGGGCAUGGCCGCCUCGUGACUUCGGAUUUUGUGAAUGACUAAUUAUAAAGACGAUUAUAUCACUAAAGGUCCUCGACCUGUGCCAAAUGGAAAAUGUUCUACUUCAUUACUUAUGUUGCCUCUGAGACUUUGGAAGAUCUCUGGGGUUUGGAUUCAAGGGAAGUCUACACCCUUUCUCUAUCAUGAUGAAUGCCAGCCAUUGGGCACAUAUGAUUGCCCAGAUGCUACAGUCAAGGCUCCUAUCUGAUCUCCUCUACAAGUCUGAACCCCAGCCCACUACAACCUAAGAAAACUCAUGUGGAAUCACUGUCACCUGCAACAGAUCAAAUUCAAAUUAUGUGCAUAUUUCAGCUCUACCAGCCAAGGAGAGAAUCCUAAUCCUGUCUACAACUUCUCUUUCUUGCUUGUAGCAAAAAAUUAUCCUCUUGGAUAUUGAUUUUUAGGUGAAUUAAUAUUGAGCAUUAACUGCAAAAGGUUGAAUAUCAGUGUGGAGCUUGGUUAGAGAAAUAUUGGCUGUUUUAGAAAAAUGUUGGAUUUCUACUUUCUAACAUUUGAAUUUCCAUUUUCAUCGAGUUUUCAAUUCAAGAGAUGUAUUGGCAUUUUAUCCAUAUCGGUAAAAAAUAGGAAGUGUUUAAGGCUUGUAAGAUCCUCUCUACUGAUCGAAGUGUUGGCCUGAAUUGAAG